GGCUACUGGAUUGAGCUGACAUACAUCGAUUUCCUAGCAGUUACGGACCAAGUCAGUCACGGUAAUGUCAGUUCUCCUGAUUCUUCUGUACGCUGUCUGUCUACUCCUGUUGACAAUUUACCUACAGUUCAGAUGGCAGUACAGACAUAUUCUCGCCACCGCUGCCAAGCUGCCGUGUCCUCCCACCAUCCCCAUCUUCGGCAACGCACUACUGUUCGUCGGUAACAUAGCCGAUGUGACUAAAAAAUAUAUUGAAAGUCACUACACAGUUCGAUACCAUGUUCUGCUUUUGGAUAGGCCCAAUUCCUAUUUUCGUAGUAGUGGACCCUGCGGAUAUCCAAAUUCUUUUGAACAGCUCCAGUAUGUUGGAAAAAGAUCACGUUUACUCGCUGAUCAAAAUAUUUUUGGGCAAUAGUCUUCUUCAGGCUCCAGUUCACAUGUGGAAGAAGUAUAGGAAGCUGAUGAAUCCCGUGAUGCAUCCCUCUAAUGUAGAGCACUUCCUUCCGGUCUUCAAUGAAGCGAGUAGGAAGUUAACAGAGCGGUUCUUGGUCAGCUCCUCCCCACCUGCAGAUCCUACUGAUGAGAUUUUUGAAAUGGCCUUAGAUGCUAGCAUAAGGACGAACCUUUCAAGAAAAGUUAUUAUUGAUGAUUUCAAGGAUGUAAAAUCCAUAACUGAUAGUGUGGGCAGGAUAGUCGUCCUACGUGUUUUCAAGGUUUGGUUACAUAUUGAAUGGCUGUUUAAAUUCCUCUAUUGGAAGGAGCUGGAGGGAUCUAUCAAAAUUUUGGACAGGUGUAUGCACUUUGUCAAUCAGAUGUGUAAAGAAGAGGAAACUGUUCGCAAGGAAGGGAUUCCAGACACAAGUCCAAGUACCGAACGCUUGUCAGGCAUAAACUUGCUGGAUGUAAUGUUUGAAAAUCUGCCAGUAGUAUCAGGGGACCAUGAUUGGAGGGAUGAACUUAUUAGCAUGACAAUAAUUGCAUCUGACACAGUUGUUUCAGCUCUGGCUCUUACACUUUUCACACUAGGACACCACCCGGAAGUCCAGGAAAAGAUAUUCACGGAGAUCCAGGAAGUAAUGGGAGACCUCGAGCGUGACGUCACCUAUGCCGACACUAACGCAAUGACGUACCUGGACCAGGUCAUUAUAGAAAACAUUAGGCUACACGGUAGCAUUGUUAUGACCAUGAGACAUGCUGCGAGUGAUACUAAGUUAGCCAGCUGUACUCUACCAGCCGGUAGUCGGGUGGGGCUGAUGCUCCACGCUAUGGGUUGGAACAAAGAACGGUUCCCAAAUCCUGAACAGUUUCAGCCUGAACGGUUCUCUCCGGAACAGAAAAGACUGCGACACAACUACUCUUUCGUCCCGUUCAGCGCUGGCCCCCGCAACUGCAUAGGUGAGUAACAUCAUAUAACAAAGUGAUUGAAUUUUGAUAGCCAU